CUCAGUUUGUUUCUAGUUGCUGUGCCUGAGAGCGGAGUUUGUGACUUGGUGUUUCACCAAAAGUUGUAGUGUCUGCGAGCUCUAAAUUUUCAGGGCCCCUAAAAUCCGAAUCCGUCCCUGCACGUUCCACUAGAGCAGAAUCGAGAGCGAUCAAAUCGCUACUUCCCCUAAUACAAAACCCGAUUUUUAGGAGGGAAAAAUGUGACGAAAUGAAUUUUCCACGGUGGUUUCUCCUUUUCCUGACGAUUGUUUCGGCGGAAAAGUGCCCCCCACAGGAGCUCAUCCUGCCGUGCAGAUGCAAAGACAAAGGACCCGAAACACAAAUAUGGUGCUCGCACAGUGACCUCCCCAGCGUGCUCGACGGCCUCAAGGCCAUCGGCCAGGUCAUGCACGACCCAAUCGACGAACUCAUCCUCGAGAAUAACUACCUCCCUUCGCUCUCCGGCCGCACUUUCGUCCCUUUGAAAAUAAUGAGACUGAUGCUGCGCCACAACGGCCUGGAGAGGGUCUCGAGCGACUGGCUGGCAGGCCUGGAGAAUGUGCUGAUGGAGCUGUUCCUGGUCGAGCCGCAUUUGCGGAGCCUUCCGGACGACUCUCUAAGACAGUUGGGGCGUCUGGAGGCCGUCACCAUCCAGACUAAUUUAAUGAAACGGUUACCGGUUUUUGCAAAUUUGCCGAAAUUGAAGUACGUCCAGGUGGAGUCACUGUCGCUCCUGGAGUUGACGUCCAGACACUUCAAGGAUUUGCCGGUUCUGGACGCCGUACACAUCACCAACGCCCCCAGGUUGACGCGACUCGAAGCCAACAUUUUCCAGGACUUGCCCAAACUGGCCCUUUUAAAUAUCUCGUACUGUGGGGUCGACUGGAUGCACCCCAGAGCCAUUACCCGGUUACCAACCCUCAAGGAGCUAUCGCUGGUCGGGAACAAGAUCGUGGACGUGGCCAUGGUGGGUCGGGGGACUAGGGACCUACCCCAGCUAGAAAUCCUCCGCCUGGACCACAACUACAUCGACAAAAUAUCAGAAGCAGCGUUCGUUGACUUCACCUCCCUCAAAAAACUCUACCUGUCCAAUAACCACAUCAGCGAGUUACAAUACGGGGCGUUUCACCGCGUCCCUCAAUUGAGGAGUUUGGACCUCAACAGGAACAUGGUCAGGCGGGUGCACCCGGAGAGCUUCCUCCAACACUCCGGGAGUGGCUUGGAGGAGCUGUGGCUCGUAGACAACGACAUCAGCCACGUGGGGGAGCUCAGAUCACUCCUGGACGCGCUCCCAAGACUAAUUUUCCUAGACUUGAGUUACAACAACCUGGAGGCGAUCCCAUUCGGGGCCAUACGGGGGCACCCAACCCUGGAGCGCCUCCACUUGGAUUACAAUAAAAUUAGUUUGAUUGAUCCUGAGGCGUUUAUGGCAAUGCCAGCUUUGAGGGAGUUGAGGCUACGGAACAAUUCCCUCUCGGAUGUUUUGCCGGGACCACUGUGGAAUCUCCCGGCUUUGAAGGGCCUGGACCUAUCCGGGAAUUUCUACAGGAAGUUGGGACCGCAACUCCUGAUGAAUUUACCGUCGUUGCGGAAAAUUGAUUUGAGUCAAAACGAGCUGAGUUUCGUCGACCCUUCGUCAUUUAUGCCAACGCAAGCCCUUGAACACAUCAAUUUAUCGCGGAACGCCCUUGCAACGCUGCACCCGGCCACGUUCAGGCCCUUAUUGAGUUUAUACGAACUGGAUGUUAGCCACAAUUAUUUGGUCGAGUUCGUGCCAAACCUUCCAAGAGGACUGGAAUACAUCCACAUGUCGCAUAAUGAAAUUAGUCACAUACCCAUACCCCCAUCCCUUGACCUGGACCUACCCUCACUACGAAUGCUGGAUAUUUCGCACAAUCGCGUUCCUCAAAUUCCUCCAAACUCGCUCAAAUCGCUCCCACAAUUGCGCCGCCUGUUCAUUGGGAGAAACGCCGUGCAAAAUUUGGAGGAACACUCCUUGGCUGGAUUAUCCCGUCUGGAAGUACUAGACCUGGACACUAAUAACCUGGUCCAGGUCCACCGCAACUCCCUCUCCCAAAUGGAGGACUUGAAGGAGCUCAAUUUGAGGAACAACCGGCUGGAUUACCUCCCACCUGACUUGUUUAAAGACAGUCAAGGGUUGAGAAAACUGGACGUUAGUAGGAACAAAUUGUCCGAAGUAGCCCCAGGUGUGCUGAAUCGUACGAAAAAACUGCACGUUUUGGACGCUUCUAACAACUUCCUGGUCCAUCUGCCGCCGAAUUUGUUUGGUAUGAAAAAUUUACAAGUGCUUGACUUGACCGGGAACCGCCUCAAAUUCCUCAAUCCCGAGAUUUUGCGCAGUCUAGCCUCCUUGAGUGAGCUGCGCCUGGCUAAUAAUUUCAUCCAGGAUUUGAAAAUGGGCGUUUUUGAUAACUUGCAGCACUUGCGGUUGCUCAAUUUGGAGCGGAACGAGAUCGAAGUGAUCGAGCCGAACGCAGUGCGGGCCUUGCCGCUGCUGAAGACGCUCAAAGUCAGUAGGAAUAAGUUGAGGGAGGUGCCGAAUUUUGCGUUUAGUAAGCUGCCGGGGUUGCAAGUGGCCGAGCUGCAGGAGAACCAGAUCCGGGUUAUUGAUAGUAAGGCGUUCCAUCUCGUCCCGCAUUUGGUUUUGUUGAAUUUGAGUCAUAACCAUUUGGGUGCGUUGGAUGAUGCGGGCUUGAGGAGUCUCAAGUCUUUGGAGAUGUUGGAUGUGAGUGGUAAUCAUAUUGCGAGGAUUGGGAGCGCGAGUUUGGAGAAGAUGGAGUGGUUGGUGGAGUUGAGGAUGAAUGAUAAUAAUAUUUGUGCAGUGCAUGGGGCGCCCUUUGAUGGGAUGCCCAGGCUUAGGGUGCUCAAUUUGAGGAAUAAUAAGAUGGUGUCGCUGCCGGAGAGCGCCGUGAUGAAGUUGAGGAGUAAUAUCGCUGUGCUCGAUUUGGACGGGAACCCCUUAUCGUGCGGUUGCAACCUGCUCUGGCUGCAGGCCUGGUUGCAGGAGGGUUCCUCGAUGGGCCCCCGUUGCAUAGACGGGUCCCUCCUCCGGGAGCUGCGUUUAUCCCGUCAAGAGUGUCUCCCCGAAGACCGCAACGCCGAACUAGUAGCCCCAGGAUGCGAAUCCGAACUAUUAACAGCCCCCAACACUUUCGGAACCUCUCAAAUCUUCUCCCCUUGGAUGAACCUCAAAUCAAACAUCUCGAAAGAACAGAAAAACCACUUGGCACCGUCCCCUGAAGAGUCCGAGUACUUUUACGAUGAAUACAUCGACUACCCUUACAAUGAAACCCAGCAGAAUUUGGUCGAAAACGUUACCCAAUCGCCCCACUACAUCCCCGGAGACACCCCGACCCUCUACGCAGCCCCUCAAAAUAAAUCCCGGCCGGACAUCCCGAAAGAAGUCACGAACUCGCCUAGCACUUCCGGUUUUACCUUUUUCGGGGUCCCACUCCCAGCCCUCAAUUUGAAAAACUUGCUGGGAGGGGGCACAGGCCGAAUGGACGAUAAUAAAAUGACAAUGGAGCGGAAAAUGGCAAUUGUGAAUAAACCACCCCGGAGUGGGGCACGUGGGGGGCUGGGCUUACCAAAUUUGCCCGAAAUUCAAACCGGGGGCUUUGUCCCCCUACUGCCGGGAGAAGGGGGCUUUAAACCGAUCCCAAACCCCAACUUGCAACAACCACAAGCCACGAAUAUAACUUUCAGCACCGUUUUUCCCACUGAAGCCAGUCCAAAAAUUGACAAUGUUACCACACUGCCACCCCCCACAACCACAACAGCCCCUCCCAUCAUGCACAAUGUCUCGAUUGUGACGGAACAAAAGACUCAAAUUUUCGCAAAAAUUGAGGAAAUCACGACCAACACUUCCAUGGUGUCGUCCACGACGCUUGAAACGCCCCCGGUCCGGGAAGAAGUUGUAGAAAAAAUCACGAGUACGACUCCCGAGACCAAAAUUAUGGAGGUUGUCGAAACUACCGAAUUAUCGACGACUGAAUUGAUCGAAACUGUUUCCACCCCUAAAGAUGAAGUGAAGAAGGUGGCGACGCCCCUGUCGGCGCUUUUGGCUCCGGGUGGGCAACAACCGGAGUUCAGGCCUGCCGGAAGACCCACAAUCACCAAAGUUCCGUCACCGCACGUUUCCGGGAGCGCGCCCCUUUUAUCAAACCCGAGUUUUGCCGAAAUUGUGCAACCCCUAGACGAUAAUAUUGAGAAAAUUGCGGAUGUGCAAAGUACGACCGACACGAGUUGGUAUUUUGCUAAUUAUAAUAAAACUAACUUGGAGCCGUUUGUUGGCGUCAGUCAGUCGGUUCUUAGCAGUAAAGGGGACUGUCUUAAAUUUGGAUUUUGGAAAAUUGUUUUGGUCUUAAUUGUGGGCGUUAAUUUGUUGAGGUGCUCCACGCCCACUUCCUCGGCCUCCUCAGCCCCUAUUUCGCUCGGCACGUGCUCGAAAGUCUUGCUCGUGGGGGACCCAUCAUCGUGCACCUCCUCCACGGCCUGGUACGCCUCCGUCGGCAGCCCCAAAUCCUUGGGUUUGGCAUCGAUAAUCACCAAGACUGAAUUGGGUUUGGGGCCCGUGUGGUACCAGCCCACGACCCGUUCCCGGGCGUUGACUUUUUUGAACAUUCCGUACAUGUUUUCCAAUCGAAUUGUAACCUGCAAAACUGUUGGAAACGUCGAGGACGCCUUUGGCCCGCCAGCACCCCAGGAGCACCCCCACGACACGUUUCUGGUUCCCGAUCUUGCCCAUGCGGUUGAAGUGGUCGACCACACUCAGCAAAACCAAAGGGUGGACCACAACUUUGGUCGUGAACCCCACAAAAACACAUGUCAGGGACUAACCAAAAUGCAAGUUUCCGACCCGAAUAACGUGAAAAUUUAUAAUUUGAGCGCCGGCAAGUCACUGCCAGAGUGGCUUUCGGAACGCAAACGCCGGGCUUUGCUCAAGAAAGAUGUGGACAUUCGGCGAAGAAUCGAGCUUAUCCAGGACUUCGACAUGCCGGGCCUUAGCACGACUGUGAAGGUCUCAAAAGACGGACAAUACGUCCUGGCAACUGGCAUUUACAAGCCCCGGAUUAAAUGCUUCGACGUUAACAACCUCUCGCUCAAAUUCGAGCGCUGCUUCGAUUCGGAAGCCGUAACGUUUGAGAUUUUGAGCGACGAUUACAGCAAAUUGGUUUUUUUACAAUGUGACAGGUACAUUGAAUUUCAUGCCGCACAUGGGCGCUAUUACCGCCUCAGGAUCCCCAAAUUUGGCCGCGAUAUGCGCUAUCACUACCCCAGCUGCGACCUAUUCGUAGUGGGGGCCAGUUCAGACAUUUACAGACUUAAUUUAGAAAGGGGCCAGUUCAUGACGCCUUACACAAGCACUGCCUCUGCCAUUAAUAAGUGUGCAAUUAACCCCGUCCACAAUUUACUAGUCUGUGGCACACAAGAGGGCCGCGUCGAGGCGUGGGACCCCAGGAGCAAGGGCUUGGUGGGGACGCUUGACUGCGCCUUUAACUGCGUCACCGAAAAUAAAGAACUGGAAGGUUUCCCGUCUGUUAGUGCCCUUGCGUUUGACGGGGCCCUCACAAUGGGGGUGGGGACAGCCACUGGACAAGUAUUACUUUACGAUAUUCGAUCAAACAAACCCUUCUGUAUUAAAGACCACAUGUAUGGACUGCCUAUCAAGGACGUAGAGUUCCACCACCAGCAAGACCUAAUUUUUUCAAUGGACAGUUCAGUUUUGAAAAUCUGGGACAAAAAUAAUGGGAAAUUAUUUACGUCAAUCGAGGCCUCAACCGAGUUUAAUAAUUUGUGUGUGGUCCCGAAAACCGGUCUCUUUUUCAUUGCCAACGAAAACACAAAAAUUCAGACGUAUUACAUCCCUAGUUUAGGCCCAGCCCCACGUUGGGCCAGUUUUCUUGACUCACUCACGGAGGAAUUGGAGGAAUCAAACUCUGAAAACAUCUACGAUGAUUACAAAUUUGUUACGAAACAAGAGCUGGAGAAUCUCGGGUUGGAUCAUUUAAUUGGGACGAAUUUGCUAAGGGCUUACAUGCACGGCUAUUUCAUGGAUGUCAGGCUGUACAAAAAGGCCAAAUCGGUCGCAAAUCCGUUCGAGUUUGAGGAAUACCGCAAAAAGAAAAUUCGGGAAACGAUCGAGAAAGAAAGGGUGAAUCGGGUCCAGGUCAAUAAAUUACCAAAAGUCAACAAAGACCUCGCACUUAAACUAAUGAACGACCAAGUGAAAGACAAGAAGAAGAAAGAAAACGCCAAUCUUCUUGAAGACACGAGGUUUAAGGCCCUCUUCGAAAACCCCGACUUUGAAGUUGACAAAAACGCCGAUGAAUUCCGGUUACUAAACCCGGUCUUGUCACGGCUGGACAAAUCAAAGAAGAAAGAAAUGCUAAAGAAGAUCCAGAGCGAAGAUUUUGAACCCAUCGAUGAAGAACUAGAAGGCAAGAACAGUUCGGAAGAAUCGUCCGACGAUUACGAAGAGGAGAGUUCGGAAGACGAAACCUUGACUAAAGAAAUCAAACAGCAACAUAGAAUUAUCAACCGGGAGCACAGACUGAAACAACGCCAGGAAGACUACGAAGAAAUGAAGGCACAACCCCAAAUGUUCGAACUGAGACAAGGCGAAGAAUACAAGGGGAUACACAGCCUCAGGAAGAAAAUUAACAAGGCCCCCCUGGAGGAACGAGUCAAGAGCGAAACCUCCUCGGUCCGCCUCUUAGGCUCAGUCGGAAGCCGCGAAAUGACGUUCUCCACCCACAAAAAGCGCAAAGUCUCCGACUUGAAGAACAAGAAACACAUGCAGGAGCGCAAACGCCUGAGUCGGCCCGUCCCCGGCCGCAGGAACCCAUUUUCCCGCAAAAAACUGUAAACCAACUUCUCAAAUAAAAAUAUUUUCUGUUA